AUGGGAAAGUUGCCAUGUCCUUUUUGGGUUAAUAGAGUGGAGGGACUUUCUGUCAACGAUUCUGCAGCUUUGACCUUGGACGAUUUACUGUGCUGUGAUGUGAAUGAUCCGGAAGAAGUUUGGAGUUAUGUCUUGUUAGCAAACUAUAUUGUAGAUACCGACUGGCUUGUUCAUGCAGCUCCAUCGUUGUUACAAACGAAGCACUUACUUUGUAUCAUAUCAGGUGAGAAAGGAUAUGCAAAAAAUGUUCAAUCAUCUUCCCUUUUUGAGAGGAUGAACCCCGACAAAAUUAGAAUUGUGGAACCCAAAUUGCCACUUCCCUUUGGCGUGCAUCACAGCAAGCUUGCUUUGUGUGUGAAUGCAAAAGGUAUUAGAGUUGCCGUAUUUACGGCAAAUUUUAUACACGAGGAUUGGGCUUAUAAAACACAAGGAAUUUAUGUGCAGGACUUUCCACGAUUUCCUACUUUAUUCAAAAGCGCGCAAGCAAAUACAACAUAUUCUGAUGGAAUAACAAAUCGGGGGAAUAGAUUUAAAAGUGAGCUCCUGCGAUAUUUAAACCAUUAUGGUAUAUUUUCUAAUUUCAAGGGUAAAGUUUCUAUUCCAAUUUCCAUGUUUGAUGAAAUUAAUUUUGACUCUGUCAGUGUAGAUAUUAUAGCAUCGAUUCCAGGAUAUCAUCGAUAUUCUGAUAUAAAUUCUUAUGGACUGGGAAGAAUACCAAGGGUGCUACAGGAUAUAGGUGUCGAAUCGAGUGAUGGUAGACAUGUGACCUCAUUAAUAUGGCAGUUUAGUUCACAAGGAAAAUUAACUGAUUCCUUUCUUAUUGCAUUGAAAAAUGCAAUGUCAGAGGGAGAGGGGAAUAAAGAGGCCAAUAAGAAACAUUUGUGUCAUGUUCAAAUUGUGUAUCCAACCGAGUCUGAGGUGAAAGAGAGCUUUGAAGGAUGGCGUGGUGGUAUUGCGUUACCUUUGCGAUUAAGUUCUUGUCAUCCAUUCAUUAACGAGCGUUUACAUCGCUGGGGACAACGUAAUCGAGGGUAUUGUGCAAAGGGAAGUCUUAGAAGAAGAGCAUUACCACAUAUAAAGACGUACAUGUGUCUAACCGAGAAAAAAGAUGGAAUCAAAUGGUGUAUUUUGACUAGUGCUAACCUUUCUCGUGCUGCGUGGGGCGAAUGGCAAAAAAAUGAAACUCAAUUAGCAAUUAGAUCUUAUGAAUUUGGAAUUGUAUAUGGAAAGGAUUCCUGUAUACAAUUUCUGGAAGGGAAACCCUUUAGUAUUACGCCUUCUAAACCGAUACCUAUUCCCUCCUUAGUUGAACAUGAUGGCCUAGUGGAGGUUCAUAUUGAUCCAGGAGAGAAACAAAAGAUUACAGAAGGCCCGGUUUUGUUUUUACCAUAUGACCCUCUUCAUUUAGAGCCGUACACAAGUACCGUUCAAAUGCGGGAACAGAAGGGUAAUAUGUGUGAAGCUCAGCUUAAUACAAAUGAUAUUCCGUGGGUCAUUGAUCUGCCUCAUUUAGGCAAAGACAUUUUUGGAAAUGAGUUACUUAGCGCUAUGGAAUGUGGCGGAACUUGUGGAAACACCAUUCCUGGGAUUUCAAGGAACGAAGGCUCAGAACAUAAAAUGAGAUUGGUGAAGCGCCAGAGACCUGAGUAA